UCCCAUUCAACGAACAUUUACCAAUACAAUUCCCUCAUCAAAAUACCCUCUUCACAACAAGACACAUACAUGCAUAGCUCAUACCCCUCCUCAUCAAUUCUAUAUAACUACACCUUUCCUUAAUUUACUUGUUUUCUUCUCUAUCUUUAUAAUAUAUAAAUAUAUAUUUUUCCUUUAUUUCUGUGCCCAUCUUGGGUUUUUAGUCAGUCCCAAAGAUUUGCACUAAUCCACAUACCUCUCUCUCUCUCUCUCUUUAAACUCAGGAACGUCGUGCCCUUGAAGCCAAGAAAUUGGCAAACCUGAAACCACCGCUGUCUGCUUUUUUUCCUUCCUUCCUGCCUGCCCUGUUGUCUUUUUUCCUUUGUCUCAGAGGGAGCUGUACAGGGAUCAGAUUAAAACUAGAGAUAUAGUAAAGGGGGAGAGAGAAUGAUGUCUGCUGCGGGAAAUGGACAAGUGACAGUUCCGCCAGGGUUCAGAUUCCACCCAACAGAUGAAGAGCUUCUCUACUAUUAUCUAAGGAAGAAGGUCUCCUAUGAAGCCAUCGACCUUGAUGUUAUUAGAGAGGUGGAUCUAAACAAACUCGAGCCUUGGGACCUUAAAGAGAAAUGUAGAAUUGGAUCAGGUCCUCAGAAUGAGUGGUAUUUCUUUAGCCACAAGGACAAGAAAUAUCCAACAGGAACUCGAACAAAUCGGGCAACUACAGCUGGUUUUUGGAAGGCAACAGGGAGAGACAAGGCCAUCCAUCACAGCAACACUAAAAGGAUUGGAAUGAGGAAAACCCUUGUCUUCUACACUGGCCGUGCUCCUCAUGGCCAAAAGACUGACUGGAUCAUGCAUGAGUAUCGCCUUGACGAUGACAAUUCCGAGAUUCAGGAAGACGGCUGGGUUGUCUGUAGGGUUUUCAAGAAGAAAAAUCAUAAUCGAGGUUACCAAUUACCAGAAGUAGCUGAAGAAGAACACCUGAGUAGUCAUAUGAAGGCAAGUGGUUCUGCACCACCACUACAGGAGCCAAAACAGAAUAAUAUACAAUCACUAUAUGAUUAUACGACCUUUGAUGGCUCCAUGCACCUCCCACAGUUGUUCAGUCCUGAGUCAGUAGUUGUUCCUCCAUCCUUCAUAUCACCAAUGUCUUUAAACACCACGGACAUUGAGUGUUCUCAAAACUUGUUGAGGCUAACAACUGCAAGCGGUUGUGGACUUAUGCAACAUGAGAGGUACAAUGGUGACUGGUCUUUCUUGGACAAGCUCCUUGCAUCACAUCAGACUCAGAUGGAUCAUCAUCAUCAGCAGCAUCAUCAGCAUCCCCAAACCAAAUGCCACCCUUCAUCUCUUCAACUUGCCGAUCAUGUGGGCACUUCAACUCAUCAUCAUCAGAAAUUCCCGUUUCAAUACCUUGGCUGUGAGACUGACAUUUUGAAAUUUUCCAAGUGAAUUGGUCCACAGUUUUCUAUCCUAAGCUGUACGUUCGAUGGACAUCUUUUUAUAUUAGCCAUAGUCCUACUUUAUAUUUGGUUGAGAUUCUAUCCCUUCUAAUUUAAUUAAGAGUUUUUAUCAAAAUGUAUAUACGCUAAGUUCGAAUUGUUAAGAACUCAGUAUUCAUAAUUAUGCUUCUUUUUGUUUUCUCA